CGUUGUUCUUAAUUAAUGUAGUUGAAUUUCAGUUGUGGGGUUCAUCCACUGUUAUGUAGGUUUAUCAUUGAUUGGUCAUAUUGUGUGUCUGAUGGCUUUGUAAUUAAUUUGUUCUAUGAUAAGUAAAUGGUAAAAACAAAAAUCAUCCAUAUCACUCUAGCCAUAUUUCAAUGAUUUAGAGCCUAUAUGACAUAUCCACUUGUUGAGAUUGUUGUUGCUUUAUGCUUUAUGUAUAGAAAUAUAUAAUUAUCUUUUCUUUACAUCUAAUGUUCAAUUAUGCGUAUCCACCAAAAAAAUGUUCAAUUAUGCUUUAUAGUUGGGCAAAAUGGACGCUACAAAAAAGCAAUUGACCAAACCAAGUACCGCAACUAAGAAGGUAACGAACUAUGAGAAACAAAGAAUGAAGAAUAUUAAUAAAAACCGUGAGAGAAUGAAUGCUCUAGGAGUGAAGAAUAUAACAACUUGUUUGAAGGCUACGGUUCAACAUAAGAAAUUGAGGAAGGAAAAACAAAUACCAAUUGAGGAAAAUGAUGAUGAUUAUCGACCGUCAGAGGCUGAAGAUGGCAGUGACACUGAAACCUAUGAUUCGUUUGAGCAUGAGCUAUUAGAGAUACCAUCGAGAGCCCGUUCACAAUCUCAUCAUGAGGCAUUGACCCACGCAUUAGAAGAGGGGGAUACCUCUUCACGUCCUGAGGUGACUAGCAAUUCGCCACCACCUCUCAAUGUGGAGCCUCAACUUGAGGUGACUGCUGGUAAUACUAUUGCUGCUAAGCGUGCUCGUGGCCCGACUCGAGGCAAAGAGGUUCAAGGCCUUGUUGAUAAAGAUGGAAAGCUUAGCGUGCCUAUCCCUCCAGAAUUUCGUGCACCGGUAGGGGACUAUGCCUCAAAACUAGCCUCAAAGAUUGGUGUAGAAGUGCGAACUCGUUUACCAGAUCCAAGUGUUCGUAGGUGGAAGUAUGUUGAUGCCUCCGUUAAGGAGGCGAUGUUUCAACGCUUGAAUGAUCAAUUUGAUUUACAAGGAGACCCUGUUGAUAUAGAGAAGGCAAUGAACAUAAAAUUUGGUCGGAGAUUGAGUAACCAUACUUAUAGGCUGCACAAACAAUUCAUGGAGCUGAAUGAGGCUAAAGGGGAGGAGUAUGCAAGAAACCACCCACCGAAGAAUGUCGAUCCUACCAAGUGGAUAGAUCUUAUUGAUAAAAAGUGGAACACUAAAGAAUUUCUGGUAACAUUUUCAUCUUUUUUAUUAUAUUAGCGAAGAAAGAAUUUGAUUAGAAUAGGGAGAGAUUCUAAAAAAACUAGAAAGAACACAAUCAAUUUGUUGUGAAAUUCCAUAUGUAUUCUUUUCCCUUUAUCUUCUAGGCAUGUAAGUGGAACAUAAUAAAAACCAAAUAAGUGGGAAAAUGAGAAAG